AUGGCUAUUCGAAAGCUUCAGGUUGGCAUGGCAGGCUUGGGCCGCGUGGGUAAACUCCAUGCCAUCAAUUUCCUUCAACGCACUCCUCGUGCACAGCUGGUUGCAGCUUUUACCCCUGACCCUGCCGAACUUGCCUGGGGCAAGUUGAAUCUUGAACCCCAUGGUGUCACUUUAUACAGCAACUAUGAUGAGAUUCUCAAACAUCCUGGGAUUGAAGCUGUGGCUAUUGGCACGGCCACAUCUGUGCAUGCUGAGGAGGCCAUCAAGGCCAUCGAGCAAGAUCUGCAUGUUUUGUGCGAGAAGCCACUGUCUACUGAUGUUGAAGUGUGCAAAGCAGUGGUGCAAGCCGCAAGGAAGAAGCCUCAUCUCAAGGUCAUGUGUGGGUUCUCGAGGCGCUUCGAUGACUCGUUCCGCGAUGCCCACGAUAAGAUGGAACAAGGACUUAUUGGACGGCCCUCAAUCAUCCGCAGCCAAACCUGCGACAAGUUUGACCCAUCGGGCUUCUACGUCGAAUACGCAGCCUGGUCCGGUGGUGUCUUUAUCGAUAUGUCGGUCCAUGAUAUCGACCUGACCCUCUGGUUCUUUGGGGAUGAUGUGCUCCCUAAAAGCAUCUCAGCCCAUGGCAUCACCGCCGUCCAGCCAGAACUCAAGAAGCACAAAGACUACGACAAUGCUGUCGGGAUCGUGGAAUUCCAAAACGGCAAGAUUGCCUAUUAUUAUUGCUCGCGGAUGAUGGCCCACGGCCAGGAGGAUACUACUGAGAUCAUUGGCACCGAGGGAAAGCUGACGGUCAAUGGCAAUCCCCAGCGCAACUUGGUGAACCACUACCACUCUGGCGGUAUCACGCGCGAAGUGCCCCCGAACUUCAUGGGUCGAUAUGGUCCCGCCUUUGUGCAGGAAGCAAAUGAAUUUACGGCGGCGUGUCUGGAUAACACACCUCUUCCCAUGAAGCUCACGAAUGCGGUCAAGGCCGUUGAGAUUGGGUCCUAUCUCCAGGAAGCCUUGGUGACCGGAAAGCAGAUCCACUUCGAUGAGAUUGGCCGGCGCAUCGAAAAGGCUCAGCUGUAG